AUGACCGUGCAGGUGAACUUCGGGCCUGCGCAGAUGAAGGCGCUGCCCUUCACGUGCAGGAUGGUGCAGGAGGCGUCCGCUGCCGACGCGAAGGCAGAUGCCGCGCCAUCGGGCAAGAGCACGGUCGUGUUCCCUGUCGGCUUGCCCGACGAAGGGACGUUUGACGUGGUGGACGCGUUCAUGGAGAGAAACCCGUCCUUCACGGAGCUCAGCGACCGCAAGGUGCAGGAGUGGGCCAUCAAGAGACUGUGGCGGGGCAGCAGGAAGGGAUGGUCGAGCUCGAACGACAAGCCGUCGUUCGACUUCGGGCUGCCCAUGCUCGACGACCUGAGCGCCUGCAAGGUGAUCAGCUCUGUCGCGCCCUGCGUGGCGCGGAACGUCGCCGCGAGUCAACGUUGCUGCUGGUUUGGAGGUUACCGCCGGUCCGAUGUUUUGUUUUAA